AUGGCUGCUCAAGGGUUGUCUGUGCUCUCAAUUACACCCUCCUCGUCAGCCACAAAUCGACCCUGCGUGAAACCCUCCGAGCAAAUUAUGGGUUUCAGUUUAUCGAGUUAUUUUGUGGGCACAAAGCUGCGGGCUCAGCCGUCAAGCUUCGGUCUGAUUACUUCUAAACGAUGUCGUUCGGCGGUCGCCACCAUCUCCUUCAGUCUGCCCACCACUUAUUGGAAUCUUGUUGAGUGUAGAUGGUCUGCAAGAUCAAUUAAGUCAUUUGCCUUAGCUGAGAUUACAGCAAAUAAGCUCAAUUAUCCGAAAACGGGGACCGAGGCUCUCCUGAUGGGUAUUUUGAUCGAAGGAACCAGUUUGGCAGCUAAAAUUUUAAGGGAAAAUGGGAUUACAUUUUACAAGGUCCGAGAAGAAACUCUAGAGUUGCUAGGCAAAUCUGGUAUAUUAGUUAUCGUCCCCGAGAACCCACCUUUGACCAUACAAGCUCAGAUGGCCCUUGACUGGGCAGUUGAAGAGAAGCUGAAGUCAGGUGAAAGUGGCGAAAUAACGACUGCAUAUUUGGUUCUCGGAAUGUGGGCACAAAAGGAGUCUGCAGGGCAUAAAGUACUUGCUGCACUUGGCUUUAAUGACGAAAAAGCCAAAGAACUGGCCAAAACUAACAAAGCCCUACGCCUCGAACGUGUUAGAAAAAUUGUCUCAAACGACGACUCGUACUUAUCGGGACUGGCCUGGGCCGAGCUCGUCGAGAAUCUCAAAUCCUUCGCCAAAUCCAUCUCUCGAUUGAGUCGGAGGUGCGAGGAUCUGUCCCUCAGGAGCUUUGAUCACCUGUUUCACGGGUUUGCGAACUCGGGCCUUGACCCGAGUAACUUGGGCCUGAGCCCGUAG